UUAAAACCCACUAGGGGAGGUCAAGGGCAGCCUUUUAAAAGAGGCAGCAGCCGCUGCUCAGGAUCAUCGACAGCGCCGCGAAGAACACAUCUAGAUCACGAUGCAGGCGCCACAUCUCCUCCUCGAGGAGCCGAUCCGCCUGGCCUCAAUCCUGGAAUCGUCCCCAUCGGUGCCUUCAUUCUCCGCGAUGACGAAGAUUAUCGGGACUCUGGGGCCGAAAUCGCGAAGCCCUGAGGUUUUGGAGGGACUGCUCAAGGCUGGAAUGUCAGUGGCGAGAAUCGACUUUUCGUGGGGGGACGAUGCCUACCACCAGGAAACACUGGAGAAUCUUAAGAAGGCUAUCAAGAACACGAAGAAGCUUUGUGGAGUGAUGCUCGAUACAACUGGUCCAGAGUUACAAGUAGUGAACAGAGGCGAGAAAAGCAUCGCCUUGGAGGCUGAUUCGUUGGUAACAUUGACUCCUGACGACAUGGUCAUUGAGGCUUCUUCUGGAAUCCUACCCUUAAAUUUUGCUGACCUUGCAUCGGCUGUGAAACCGGGGGACACAAUCUUUUUGGGUCAAUACCUGUUCACUGGAAGUGAGACAACUUCCGUGUGGCUAGAGGUUGCGGAAACGAAAGGGGAUGAUGUGAUCUGCACAGUUAAGAACAGUGCUACUCUAACUGGCAGCUUGUUCACUGCUCAUGCCGCUCAAGUGCAUAUUGGUUUGCCGACACUGAGUGAAUCGGACAAGAAGAUAAUCUCCACAUGGGGAGUGCGUAACAACAUUGACUUUGUAUCGCUUUCUUACACUCGACAUGCUGAAGAUGUGCGAAAGGCCCGAGAGUUUCUUGCACAACUCGGAGAUCUUCAGCAGACGCAUGUUUUUGCAAAAAUUGAAAACAUCGAAGGGUUGAGACACUUCGAUGAAAUAUUGAAGGAAGCCGACGGCAUCAUAUUGUCACGUGGAAAUCUGGGGAUUGAUCUCCAGCCCGAAAAAGUCUUUCUUUUUCAAAAGGCAGCCUUGUACAAAUGUAAUAUGGCUGGGAAGCCAGCAGUUGUAACUCGUGUCGUGGACACCAUGACUGACACCCCAAGACCAACGCGUGCUGAAGCAACUGACGUGGCUAAUGCUGUUCUUGAUGGUACCGACGCUAUUUUACUCGGGGCAGAGACACUACGCGGACUCUACCCGAUAGAGACAAUCUCUACAGUGCGCAAGAUAUGCGCUGAGGCUGAGAAGGUCUACAACCAUGCUAAUUACUUUAAGAAAACCGUCAAGAAAGUUGGAGAACCAAUGUCUCACCUCGAAUCCAUUGCGUCCUCGGCGGUGAGAGCUGCUGUUAAGGUCAAGGCGUCCGUUAUUGUUGUGUUUAGCUCCUCUGGACGCGCUGCCAGGCUUAUAGCAAAGUACAGGCCACCAAUGCCUGUGCUCGUACUUGUUAUUCCAAGGCUCACUACGAACCAUUUGCGCUGGACGUUCAUAGGAGCUUUCCAGGCAAGGCAAUGCUUGGCUGUGAGAGGGCUAUUUCCAAUGCUUGCGGAUCCUCGCCAUCCGGCCGAGUCCAAUAGCACUACAAAUGAGUCGAUUCUUAGAGUGGCCCUGGAUCACGGCAAAGUGGCAGGAAUCAUCAAACCUCACGACAGAAUCGUCGUGUGCCAGAAGCUUGGAGACUCGUCGGUCGUUAAGAUUAUUGAACUCGACGACUGAGAAAAUGCUCGCUCAUGAAUUUUUGUAGCAUAAUAACGCAGAUCAUUCUGCAUGAUACCAACAUUUGCGCUAUAGUGAAUAAAAGAUUUGCUGGUUAUGACUGCAUUUCAUUUUAAA